AUGAGAUUAGCAGGACUACUGGAAAAGCAUGGAAUAGUUCACAAAGUAGCAACAACUUAUCAUCCCCAGACCAAUGGACAAGCAGAAGUGUCUAACAGAGAGAUUAAACGCAUCCUGGAAAAGAUAGUAAAGCCUCAUAGGAAGGAUUGGAGCGCCAGACUUGUUAAUGCGCUUUGGGCAUACCGGACAGCGUACAAGACACCCAUUGGGAUGAGCCCCUUCCGCUUAGUGUACAGAAAGGCUUGCCACCUCCCAGUAGAAGUGGAACACAAGGCUUUCUGGGCUGUGAGGGAGUGCAACAUGGGAUUUGAGAAAGCUGGCACUGAAAGGAAGCUACAACUGGCAGAACUAGAAACCCUUCUCCUCGAAGCUUAUGAGAAUGCCAGAUUAUACAAAGAGAAGGUCAAGGCUGUGCAUGACAAGCAUAUUAAGUGA